AAAUGGAGGCAGAGGAUUUAUUUGCUGCAAAUGGAUUUUGGAAGUUGGCAGGUACAUGUGAAAUAUUCAAAUGCCUAGUUGUGAAGAUGUCAACGAGGUAUGCAGUGGGCAAAUCCAUCCGAGAUUCUUGAAAACUACAAAAAUUGUUUUCUUACUUCCGAUCACGUACAUCAUCACCUCAAUUUGUCAUUGUUUUAGAGUUGCGUUCUGGCAGUUGCAAUGUAAAGCUGGAAGCUGACGAUGAGAUAACUAAGACAAAAAAAAUGUCAAAUUUAAAAAAUGAAUAAAUAAAUGGCCCAGGCACUAGGAAAUUGAUAAAGAAAGCUAAAUGGAUUAAUCUACCGCUUAAAGAAUUCUGUAAGUCUGGUUUUGGCUGUUUGAUUUGAUUGAAACAUUAUUAUGUUUAUAAUCUAGAGUACAUUAAACAAAUAAAACAAAUAAAAGUACUAUAUUUUGCACGCUAUAAUUUCAGAUCUUUAUAAGGUUGACAUCUACAACAAAUUCUCUUAAAGGAAACCAGAAAAAAAUAUCUCAUUUAUCGAUGGAAGAAGAAGGAAUACUCGGUGACACUUUGAAAGUUCCUAACGUCCGAGAGCUGGCAAAGCAAAAACUAGCAGCUGUUCCGUCCCGAUAUAUGCGUGAUGAUAUAGAAAAGACAUCCUCUUCCAUAUUAUUGCCUCAAGUUCCAGUCAUUGACAUGGAAAAACUGCUGGAAAUUGGAGAUGAUAAUUCAGAGCUUGAGAGGCUUCAUUCUGCUUGCAAAGAAUGGGGAUUUUUCCAGGUGGUGAAUCAUGGAGUGAGUUCAUCAUUGGUGGAGAAAGUGAAGUCAGAAAUCCGAGCGUUUUUCGAUCUACCAAUGGAAGAGAAGAAGAAGUUUGAGCAACAAGAAGGGGAUGUUGAAGGAUUUGGGCAAGCCUUUGUUUUUUCUGAAGAGCAAAAGUUAGACUGGGGUGACUUGUUUUACAUGACCACUCUCCCGACCAAUUUGAGAAAACCUCACUUAUUUCCCAAACUCCCUGUCUCACUUAGGGACAUCAUGGAAGAACACUGCAAAGAAUUCAAGAGCCUAGCAAUACGCAUCCUAAGUAAAUUGGCAAAGGCUUUAAGGAUAGAUGAAAAGGAAAUGAGAGAUCUAUUCAGUGAUGCUAUGCAGUCAAUAAAGAUGAAUUAUUAUCCUCAUUGCCCUGAGCCAGACAGGACAAUUGGCAUAAGUCCUCAUUCUGAUGCUGUUGCUCUCACCAUCCUUCUCCAACUGAAUGAAACUGAAGGCCUCCAAGUCCGAAAAGACGGUAUCUGGGUACCUGUAAAACCCCUCCCAAAUGCUUUUAUUGUGAACAUUGGCGAUAUGAUGGAGAUAUUGAGCAAUGGUGUUUAUAGAAGCAUUGAGCACAGAGCAAUAAACUCAAACACAGAGAGUCUAUCUAUUGCAACAUUUUAUGUCUUUAACCUCGACUCUGAAUUGGGACCUGCACACAGCCUCAUUGGACCAAAUAAUCCUCCAAUUUUCCGAAGAAUUCGCAUAGAAAAAUAUGUGCAGGAUUUUUUUGCGUGAGAACUUGAUGGAAGAUCGUUCAUUGAUCACAUGAAGAUAGAGACGAAGGAUGACGAAUUGUAGGUAGCAUUUGAUACUCUACUUUGCUUGGUUAUUACCUUAUAUAUAUCCCGUGAAAUUAAAUAAGUAUGCAGGUUACCCUUGCUAUUGUAAUUUCAAGUUUCAAUUUUGGAUGACUGUAAUAAAGA